GCUCGCGUGGCUCGCUCUUUGCGGGGCUCUAAUACGACUUUUCUGGCUGGGAUCCAAUCCGGCAGUCAUAAGAUCAAAGUCAAUACUGUCCCUAACAUUUAGGUAUUUCAAAUUAACUCGACGGCUGGUUAAGAGAUUUGGAGACAUUGAAGAUUUUGCAAUAUUUCUUGGGAAUGCAUGUUUCCCGCCCAGGAGGUAGGCAACCAAACUGGCAUUAGCAGCGCCCCCAGCGGUGGCCGUCAAAGCACGCGCACAACACGCUACUCGACCAGACGCAGACUAAAGGCUUGGGCUAGCGGGCGGGCGGGCUAGACGCCCUCAUUCUAGCUUUCUAAACAGAACUCUAUUAGUGUAUACUACAGAAUAUACCAUCUUUAUACCUGGUUAGAAACGCUAGGGCCGGCUCCUGUUGUUUUUCGUCCAACCCAAAAUCUAAGGAGCACGAUCAAGCUGCAGAAAUGCAGCCCCAGCAGAAACGGGCCUGUACGAACGAGUCCUCAACUUUGGAGAGUGGAGCAGCUCAAGGGGAGCAGCUGGAUGAAGUGACGCUGACGUCGCUGCCGGACCUGCCACUGCUCAAGGUGUUGUCCUAUGUCCCCGCCGAGGACCUGGUCGCCGUCGGGCGGGUCUGCACCCGGCUGUGCGCGCUGACGCGGGGGCACUGGUCGCUGUGGAGGAACAAGUUCGCGGGCUUCGAAGACACCGAUAUAUUGCUAGACCUGCUCAAGGACCUGCUGCUGGUCACCCCGCAGUACGACGUCAUCUUGGAGUUUGCCGCCUAUCGCCGCUCAACGGCUGGGCCAAGUCAAGCCAGACUAGAUUUUUCCAUCUCCAACCCAAAGCCCCUCAAGGAGACAAACGGCACAGUAGUCAUACCGUUGGGUUUCUGGUUGGUGUUCUCCGAGGACUUGGCCGAGGACGACACUCUCGCAAGGGUGUUCCGUGAACUAGGCUCGCGCACGAAGCACGUACAUAUUCAUUGCAAAACAUCCGAUAUGGAAGUGAUCUGUGACAGCUUGCAGAAUGCCACUUCUAUGGAAACUUUAAGUCUGACUUGGAUGUGGCCCAAAAACUUUGCAGCACCGUUCACAGGAUUUAGCAGCUGCCAAAACUGGCCGCAGGCGCUGCCUAGACUAAACACUAUUUCACUGACAUUCUGGGAUCACGACUAUCCUGAAAUAUGGACCUCCGCAUACGAAGACGAGCCGGCUGGCCAGGAGCCCUCCUGCUUGCAGGCGCUGCUGCUGGGAGCUCAUAGUGAGCUGCGCAGCGUACAGCUGCUCUCGCCGGCUGUGAUGCCGCUGCUGGACUCCUGCCCCGCGGGCCUCCAGCGGCUCACCGUCUCCGCUGCGCCAGGGAUGGCCGGGAAGCUCCGGCGGCUGCGCGAGCUCCAGGAGCUAAAGCUCGUCGACGCAUACUGCAAUGUCAACACCGCCGAGAUAGCGGACGCGCUGGGGACCUGGCACGGGCCGCUGCUCAAGCUGACGCUACCGUCCUUCCGGGGCCGGACUGGCUACGAGGACGAGGUGACCGUGAUGCAGGCCCUGGGCGCGGGCGCCCUGACCAGCCUGACGCACCUCAGGCUGCGCCUCAGUGGCGAAGGUGGCCUGCGCGCCCUGGCCGCCGCGCUGCCCGCCCUGCCCAGCCUAACCUCGCUGAUCGUGGAGGCGGCGCGGAAGCCCGAGGUGCUGCGCGACUUGUUCCGCGGCGCCAGGCCCGCCCUCUGUUCAAGCCUGCUCAUUGUCGGCUCCAGUGGCGCACGGGUUCACACAUCCGAGCUCCACUCGGCUUUCCGGGACGUGGUGCGCCGCGCCCCGAUGUCGGUGUCGCUGCACUUGAAGUAUCAGGCGCAGCACAGCGAGCAGCCUCUUGGUUUCUGCAGCAUCUGCAAAGCCAGGGCCCCGUUCAUGCACCACAUCGUGUUCGGCAGGCACUCCGCCGCCCAGGCCGAGUCCUGCUCCACGUGCGCCGAUGUGCGCGCCUCUUCGCACCCCAUGUGGACGACCUCGGGGGCAAUCCACUACGUUUGCGUGGGGUAGACUAAUCUAUCUCAUUUUUAUGAGACUGUGGUGUGUGAGUGUGUGUGUGUGAGUGUGUGUGUGUGUGUGAGAGUGUGUGUGUGUGUGUGUGUGUGUGUGUGUGUGUGUGUGUGUGUGUGUGUGUGUGUGUGUGUGUGUGUGUUUUGAACCAAGACUGCACCCAUCGAUAUUUUCGCAAAUCCAUAAGUCGUUUUGCUUUAUUUGGGUACUUUUUUUACCAUGUUAUUUUUUUCCUACACGAAAGGUGUGUCUUUAGCAUCGCACGUUGCUGACAUUUAUAAUAUAAAUAUAAUAAAAAGAAAAUAAUGAA